AUGGAUGGACGGGAAAGUGUGGCAAGGACCCCACUCAACAAUGUCCUGGUACAGAGAAGAAGUGGGAACAGGAGCAACCGGACGUCUUAUCGCAGCUGUGUGACUGCUGUCUCGCACCUUGCCCUCACACCAGGGCUGUCCUCAUGGAGGCACAUAGCCACCAGAAGAUCUAGCAGGUCCCGCUGUGUCACUGAGAAGGUGGACCCCAAACAGUUGGCCUUGCUGGUGAAAAAGGAAUGGCAGUUGUCAUACGUCACACCACUCUACCGAUUUGGAUACGCUCAGCUGAAGGAUUACUCCAGAAAACUGUCUGCGUUUAUUGCGGCUGAGAAGCAGAAAGGGUUAGUGGUGGAGUUGGGGGCAGAGACCAGCUUCAAUGUGUCCUUCUCUGUGGUGCUGGGGCUGACAGAGACAAAGGAUGAUGCUAAAACCAUCUUUAUACAGAUCCACUCCAAGCCUAUGUAUAUGGUAAAGGAUGAAGCCCAGAAGCUAUUGUGGACUGGCUGGCUGACCUGCGUCAACGCUAACCCUGAUUACCUCCACUCUCUCCCCAAGGAUUUCACCUGUCUGCCAGUCUGCUGCAGCAGAGGGGCCGAAUGGCUCGAUUCUUUGGUCAGAUCUUGGUUCCAGGUGACCUUUGACUGUUGCUUUGGUGCCCUGGAAAUUAAUUCAACAAACCUACAAUGGUUGGCGGCACUAUGGACAAACUGCCAUUCUGUAUCCAACAUCCAGCAUCUCAGUAUGGUGUGGACUCUCCCAGUUACGCCGCCGCUUAAAGUCAACUAUAAAAUUAACCCCCAUGAUGCAUGGGAACUGUGGAGGAGCGUGAGGGAGCAACCGCAGGAACAGGAGAAUGACAGAGGAGGAUCGGGGAGAGCAGAGGAGGAGGAGGUUAGUGUUACUAUUGAGGAGGUGACGAGGUUCAUGGCGGGGCUGAAGAACCACUUCUACAGACACUUCAGAAUGGAUCUGUCAGCUGGAAAUCUCGACCAGGUCUCCACAGCACUGGGGUCAGCCAAACAUAAUGGCAGUAUCAAGAUCUCCAACAGCAGUUAUCUUAUCACCACUUUGAUGCUGCUGACAGAGAGUGCCCUCCUAAAAAUGCCCCUCUGA